AUGGGUCCUCUCGUCCCCCACAAUCCCUCGGAGCUAAUGGUAAUCCGGAAUGUCACCUCCGACGUUAUCACCAUGAGCUUACCCUUUGCGCGAUUUGGACACCUCCGAUUCGGCAGUCGUGGCACGUUAGUCAAAAUGUCGUCCGGCGCCGUAGCCGUCUUCUCCCCCGUCAGCCUCACCCCAGAAGUCCGCGAAGCGGUCACCACCCUCGGCGGGCGCGUAGGCUACAUCGCCGCCCUGGACAUGGAGCACCACAUUCACAUCUCCACCUGGAAAGCAGCGUAUCCAGAUGCGCAGGUCAUUGCCCCCGAGGGUCUCUGGGAGAAGAGGCAGGCGACCCGCGUGUACCGGGACGACCCAGCGUCACCCUUUGAGCACAUCCUCACGCCGGGCCGGCGCAGCAUCACACCGGAGUUUGACGCUGACUUCGCCACGGAAUACGUGCAUGCGCACCGGUCGCGGGAGCUGGUGUUUCUGCACCGGCCGUCGUGUACGCUGAUCGAAGGGGAUCUGCUCUUCAAUUUGCCAGCGCGCGAGCAGUACAGCCGCGCGGGUCAGAGCCCCACGGGUGGGAUCUUAACGAAGAUGGUGGUCCCGUUUUUGUCGACGGAACCGUCGGCGUCGUGGCAGAGGAUGUUUGUGUGGUACCUGCUGUCGGCGGAUACAAAGGCAUUUGCCAAGUCGAUGAGGCGCAUUGAUGGGUGGGAGUUUAAUCGGCUGAUUCCGUGUCAUGGGGACGUGGUGGGGAAUGGGGCGAAGGGGGUUUUUCGAUCCGUGAUGGAUGGGUUUCUGUCGGGGGAUCUGAGCAUGAAAUAG